AUGGCACCUAUGAGUUCUGAAAACAACACUUCCACCACCAUGAAGAUGAAAGAUGAAUCUGUCAGUGUCACCAUGGCAACAAAAUCCGUGGCAGCUACAAGAUCAUCACCAUGUUGUUGUUCAAUGACAAAACUGAUGAGAAAACUUCUCAUGAAGAGAUCACGUAGCCGAAUCAGACAAGGUUCGUUUCAAUGUUGCUAUGAUCCUUUGAGCUAUUCUUUGAAUUUUGACACAAGUGACUGUGGAAGCUUAUUGGAUGAGGAUUAUUAUUAUAAGUUCUGUGCUUUUUCUUCAAGGUUUGUAGCAAAUCCAACUACUUCAUGUCAUGUUCUUCAAGUAGCCUCGAGGAACUCUCAAUAG